UUCCUCCGGAAAUUAAAGCUCUUGUCCAUUUCUAACUCACCCCGGAUGUUUAUCCUCGUUGCUAUUGGAGUGUUCUGCAAUCAUCGACCGAUGCAGCAAUGCCGGCGGAUUCUGCUAGCGCUCCAGCUGCCAGGAAGAAGUGUUUAGUCAGUAUUCAUGAUGCAGUGAAAGCUGGCGAUGUGACGGAACUCGAGUUAAUGGUGAAAAGUGGAGCCAGCAUUAAUGAAGUGGAUCCCAUUCACAAAUUUACACCAUUGCAAUGGGCAGCACACUCCGAUAGCUUAGAGUGCCUACACUGGUUGCUAUGGCAUGGUGCUGACACAACGGAUGUAACUCCCAGAGGUUGGACAGCCGCGCACAUUGCAGCCAUUAGGGGUCACGAUGCCUGUAUGCAGGCCUUGGUAAUGAAUGGUGCAAACCUAACAGCGAAGGAUGAUAGAGGUUGUACUCCAUUGCACCUGGCUGCUUCACAUGGACAUUCAUACACUCUUCAGAGGAUUCUUCACAGUGGUGUGGGUACAAAUCCAGCUGAUAAAAACAACUGGAGGGCAGUUCACUAUGCUGCCUUUCAUGGAAGGCUGGGUUGCUUGCAGCUUCUGGUCAGGUGGGGUGCAGACGCGAAUGAAGUGGAUCAAGAUGGGAAUUUACCAGCUCAUCUUGCAGCAAUGGAAGGCCACCUGCACUGCUUUAAGUUUCUUGUCAGUCAAGGGGUUAGUGUGACACACGUAUUGACAGCGAGGAACGACCAAGGUGAAACCCCAAAUGAUCUUGCAAAGAGGUUCUACAAGGACAACAUCGUGCAGUACAUAGCAGCCGUGGAGCAUGAACGGGAUCACCCAGAUGAUCAAGAAAACCUUGCAUUUCCAGCUCAUGUAAGUGCUUUCAAAGGAGAUCUCAAGACUCUGCAACAACUAGUGGAAUCUGGAGUGAUUAACCUCAAUGAACGAGAUGAUAAAGGCUCCACGCCCAUGCACAAAGCUGCUGGGCAAGGACACCUCGGCUGCCUGCAAUGGCUUAUAGAAAUGGGAGGAGACCACCACAUCAAAAAUGAAGCUGGAGAGACACCGAUGGACGUGGCUAAAAGAUUUUCCCAGUUGGCUGCUGUGAAACUCCUUGGAGGAGGCCUAGAUGAUGUCUUAGACGAAGAGAUGAAUAAGGACAGUCCCAGUUUCUUCGACCAACAUGGUAUUGAAAGGAGUACAGAUAAUCAGGACAGCAUUAACCAAAGUCCUGGUCAAAAAAGGGAAGCUAGAAUGAGGGCCUAUAAGAAAAUUGAAAAAUUUGAGCGGUUAUUAGAAAUUGCCAAAAACAACUACAGACAGCUUGGAGGUAUGCUGGAGGAAGAUCAGCUCCAACAGAAGGACAAGAAAGAAGCAGAAAGAAUUCUGCAGGAGCUACAGGCUCAACUAGAUUACGAGCGUCUACGACGAGAGAAGAUGGAGUGUCAACUAGAUGACUGCCGAGCAGAAAUAGGUCACUUGAAUCAGUGUUUGGAGAAGUUGAGGACAUGUAGCAGUUCUGUGGAAGAAAAUGUUGAAGAUAUGUUGAAGGGGAGAAAAACAGCAAGGAAUAAACAGAGGUUCAGCAGUGGUGGUGUCUUUGUACGUCGUACUCCUGACAGGAGCGGUUUCAGUCACAGACCUCGUUAACAGCCACUCGCUAUUCCUCCCCAAAUCCUUUUCCACUGGAUAAUUCGUUCAAGAUCAUGAUCAAUUCCAUAAUAGGUUGGGCUUCGUUUAAAUUGCUCCACUAUUUUCAUUUUUUUUUUAAAAGCACAAAAUCAGGAUUUUACAGUGGCGAUCGACACUAAAUUCUGUCAUAACCUAGCAGGACAGGCAGCAUCCCUGGAUGGAAGGAAUGAGUGACAUUUGAAGUCGGGUUUCGACCCAAAACGCCAACCAUUCCUUCUCUCCAGAGAUGCUGCCUGUACCGCUGAGUUACUCAUGCAUUUUGUGUCCAUCUUCGAUGUAAACCAGCAUCUGCAGUUCCUUCCUACACAUUUUACAGUGGCUUCUUGGACUGCUUAUGUUUGAGUUUGAAAUGUAAUUAAAUAUAUAAUGCAGUCUAAUCAUAGUGUGGAUGGAGUACGAUCAGCACAGUUAUUCAUUACGCGUUGUGAUCGUAAACACUAAUUGCGGUUCAAGUUAGAUGGUACAUUACAGAUUUUUUACGAAUUGUAUAUGCAGAAAUAUAAUUAAGCAAAGUAAUUACAUUCAUACUUUUACAAAUUAAGCAGUCAUAUAUAAUGGUGACAUUUUUGAUUCAAAAUUUCACUGCUAUAUUAAAUGCAUCUUUAAAAAACAUUCUGCUUAGGUUCGUUGUUUCUGGGUGGUUUUCAUGUGGAGAUUCUAUUGCCAAGAGGAGGGAGUAAGUGGAUGAAGGGAAAUGGGAUAGGGGAAGAACAGAAGGGUAAAAAUGAGGGAAGAAGAGAUGGAGAAGUGAGGCAGGACUAAAAGAACAAAUCUAGGAGAGGACAGCUGAUAGAGGAAGUUGUUGAUUUCACAGAUGCAACAAGAAGGUCUUUGAGACCAAAGAUCCUAUAGCGGAGCAAGAUAGACUACUCCUGCUAAUUGCAAUGGGCUGACGUGUAGUACGGAACGGAGCGGAACGUGGGCCUUUUUUCAUCCAUUUCCGUAACCCGACCGGACUUGCAGUGUAAUCAACGUUGCGGGAAACAGUUUGUGUUAAUAAAUUAAAAUUCGGAAAAUGUUUACGUUGCAUUACAUACCAAGUGACUUUUAUUUUUAUGAGGAUGUUUCUGUAACCGGCUUCUGUCACCGCACUAGUUAUCUUUGCUCCACUUUGGGAUCUUUGGUGUGGAGACGGAAGCCGGUUACGGAAAUGGGGCCUAAAAUUACCCAUGAAUUUGCCCAUGAGCGUACUACGUCUUUUUCGUCGAGUGAUCUAGUUUGCUUGCUAUAGGAUCUUUGUUUGAGACCAGACACAUGAAGGACUUUGAAACCAGACACACAGGUGCUUCCUGCAGACAGCUCGGAGCAAGAGGGAUUACCCAGGAGGGAUUACUUUGACUGUCACCGCAACAGCUGCGCCUCAGGCUUAGGGGUGGGAGCAAAAUGAUGCAACAGACCAGGUUAGACAAAGUAAAGAUGGUAUUAAGAAUUGUUGAAAAUAAUCUACUUUCACACAAAUGGUGGUGGUGGUAUAGAACAAGCUGCCAGUGGAGGUCGUUGAGGCAGGGAUUAUCCCAACAUUUAAGAAAUUGUUAGACAGGUACAUGGAUAGGACAGGUUUUGGAGGGAUAUGGACCAAACGCAUGCAGGUGGGACUAGUGUAGCUGGGGCAUGUUGGCUGGUGUGGGCAAGUUGGGCCGAAGGGCCUGUUUCCACACUGUAUCACUCUAUGACUCUUAGCUGGCAGCACUGAGGGUGGAGAACGUCAGGCUGGUCCAUAGUGAUGAUCAAUGUUACUUUCACGUGCAGUCUCACAGUAGCCCCAGGAACUUGCCCAGGCUGUUCUCCCGACUGCCAGCACAAUGCUGCCGUUCUGGGGCGAGAUUUCACCAUCAUCCAGCAAGUUAACUUUAUUGGUUUAUGGUGAGGAGGCCACCAAAUGUGGAUGGGUCUGGUGAUAGUUAACUAGCUCAAACAAUUCACGUUGUUGCACAGGUGCCAGGUAAACCUCCUCGAUGCAGCCUUGUUCACCACCACGGAGGUUCUGGGGCAGGUCAGUUGUAACCCAUGGGUUGAUGUAGCGCAACCCUGGACUACAACUAGUCCGAAAAGUGUUGGACCCCGAGUACAUACAAUUAACUAAGGCCAAUAAACUAAGUUAGCCACAAAAUAAACUGAAACACACAAAUUAUGACAUUGCUACUCUGUGCAAAAACAAACCCCAGCUGACAAACUAUCUGACAUAGAGCCACUGUGUGGCCAGAUAGUGGAACUGCAACACAACUGUAAUGGGAGAGUCACCGUUUGCUGAAAAUCCCAUCUCUGCACUGCAAGUAUAAUGUUACCAGUUAAUUGAAUGGAAAAAUGUUGCAUGAGUUUAAAAAUA